AUGGAAUACUUAAAUAGGAACCUAAAGGGACUAGCAGAUAACAAGAAGUUUCACUUUCAUCCAAGAUGCUCUAAGCUUAGAAUUACAUAUUUGUGCUUUGCGGAUGAUUUGUUAUUAUUUGCUAGAGGAGAUCUAGAUUCCAUCACUAUCAUGAAUAAUUGUUUCAAAGAAUUCUCAAUGGCAUUUGGACUUCAAGCAAAUUUGGGCAAAAACUCUGUCUAUUGUGGGGAUAUGACACAAAAUGAUCAAGACAGGAUCAACCAUCACCUUGGGUUUGGUUUUGGGGAAUUUCCUUUCAAAUACCUAGGAAUCCCAUUAUCCAAAAAGAAGCUUACUUUAAUCCAGUGGCAGCCACUCAUUGAUAAAAUACUUGCUAGGAUUACUUAUUGGAUUGCAAAGAAACUGUCUUAUGCUGGCAGAACCCAACUAAUCCAAUUUGUUCUUUUUGGACAAACUCUUGAUCAAAUGGGUGCACACUUCAUCAAAAGGCGGCACAUGAGUAAUAUGACCACACCAACUCAAGCAUAUUGGAUGAUUAGAAGGAUACUGGGAACUAGAACUGCAAUGCUUCAAAUGCAGUUAGAUAACAAUAACAAGAAGAGCCUGAUAAGGCAAAUUUACUUGGUCCUGAACCUCGAGUGA